AUGUUCAAUGGUUACAAUGAAACACCAUUGAUUUCAUGUAACGAAUUUUCUCAAGAAAGAGGGAAAAGGCAAGAAAAUGUACCCAAAUGGUCUUACGGACAAAGCGGCGGAGUACAAUGUCAUCCUUACCAGCGACAACAUGAAUUUUGGCCGAAUAAAUCAAACAUAUUAACUAUUCCUACACCUGUAAAUAACACCGAAAAAUGUAGUUGCACAGAUUGUUACUCUGAAAAUUCAAGUUACCAAGGUGAUUCUAAUCGCCACAGACCAUGGUUACCAAGAACAUUUCCAGUUCCUAUAAGUGGUUCAAAUGAAUCGUACAAACUGUUUGAAAACCAUCAUCAAUGGAAUGGUGGUGGUGGUAGCGGUAGCGGUUUACCUAAUCACGAAUCUUGCGUGGGUGAAGGAAAUCUCUUGCACCCACAGUAUUUUCAAGAUGGCAAAGAGAAGAAUACAUUUUAUAGGCAGUAUCAAAAUGCUAGAUUACCUGAAUUGAAUCAGUCGGACGUGGUGAUGAGUUCUGGGAAAAUUGCAAAUUUUUCUAAAAAAGAAAUUUUCCUGAAGCAGAAAGAUGAAAUUUCAUUGAAUUCCGCUAUGCAGGAUACACCUUAUUACGGGCAAAUUGGAGCACGGCAACCAGUACUGUAUAAUUCGACGUACGGUUUUACGCGGAAUUUGGAAAAAAGGCUUGACGGAAAAAAUUGUGAUUCAAAUAUCUGUGAUUUCAGUGAAAAAUAUUCAAACGUAGAUCCUUAUAGACAUUCAGGCGGAGCCACGUCUUAUUCAAUUGACCAACACGUUUCUAGAUCCCCAGUUGUGGAGCCUUAUUUGAAAGCAGUGCCUUUAAAUUUAAAUCAAAAUCGAGUGCCUUCAACUGGACAUCGAAGACUUAAAGAAAAUAUAUAUCAAACGCCUAUCGAUGAAUCAAGAAGAAUCAAUAAUGUUCCUGAGGAAUGCCAAAUAACAAUUAACGAGAAUAAAAAUGGGCGAGUUAUUUUUCAGCCUUCGUCUUUAAAAGAAAGUUCUUUGAUUGAAAAUUUUCAACCCGGACAGUUUCCCGGUUUAUCGUCGCCCAUCGAUUUGAAAAACAGUAACGAAACGCAAAUGGAUUAUUCUCAGUAUGGUUUAAAUAGAGAUUUAACAAAGCAUUAUGAAAAUCUUACGGAAGCGGAGGCUCAAAAAUUAUUACUCGAUCGUGACAAAUCCGUUGAUUAUUUUACACGUAACGGUGUGCCCGAUUUGAUAAAAAGAUACAGUCAAACUUCUGUACAGGAUACCAAAAAAGACUGCGCACUGAAUUCCUUUGUUCAAUCAAAAUGCUAUGCUGAUCAGCAGUACAAUAAUUUAGCUAGAUUUAGACAGCUACCAAAUAUGACUAGGUAUUUGGAAGUUAACAAUUCUCAUCCUUCAGUUUUUUACUCUAAAGAAUUAAAUUUGGACAAAAAUUUCAAAACCGACAAACGUGAUUUUCUACCCGAAAAUCCCAACAACGUUUCUACGCGAAAUAAUAAUUUUCCUACUCAUCCACGACUGCCUCAACCGAAUCCGGUUCUUAAAUCUGCCAAGAUUGGUGAUUUUCGUUAUUUAAAUAAAACGCAAAAUCCGAUUUACAGUCAAAAUCAUCUCAUACCAGGUCGAACAUUUCCUCAUUCUGAAUAUUCUUGUCAAGGUUAUAAAUAUGUCGCAGGCCGUUAUGAAUAUUCUCAUCCGAUCAACGCGAGUGAUUUUCAAAUAAAUGACAACAAUCAGGUUAUCAAUCAAAGAAAUUUAUCGGGAAAGGUUUUAAAUAAUACAAAUAACGAUAAUCAGCCUUUUGACAACUCAGAAAAUAAGACUUUGGCCUGUGAGUCAUUUAAUAAUCAUCAGCAAGAAAAAAAUCAUUCAACUCCAAUUUUUCCAGAGCAAUUCACUUCAAACAUUUUAUAUAGAUCGUUAUCAAACAAACAAUCCGGACCGACAACAAAAGUCAAUAAUAGCGUUUCCGAAAAUAAAAAAUCGAAUUUUUUAGAAACGAUUUCAAGUCAAAAUGUUAGCAAAAACACCGGAAACAAAAUAUCUCCGCUGAGGUUAUUGAGGAAAAAAAAAUUAAAUGCGGAAAAAAGCGAAGUCGUUAAUAUAUCAUCUCCGGUUCCUUCGACCAAUUCCGAAGCACCGCCUUCUUUAGACGUGAGAAAAUUUUGGUCUACUUGGGCUGACGGGGAAGAAGAAAAUGUUAAUUCGACUCAAAUGGUAGUUUUAGAUUGUCAAAAUAUUGAUCCUGAGCAAGCACAAUUGCUUCAAUUGUACGACGGGCAUUCCGUACCUGCCCUGAAUGUAGAAAACGGACAUUUAAUGACUGUAAAAAGUACCCAAUUCAGCGGGGAGCCUGAUCCGAUUCAAAAAGAUUGCGAAAUAAAUUUUAAAGAGACUGAAAAAAACGUUGAACUCGCGCCUUCAAUAAUAGAAGACAAAACAAACGGAUGCGUUGUCGGCGCCAAAGAAUUUCAGGAAAAGUCUGAAAUUUUUAAUAAUGAAAAAACCGUUAAAUUAAAUUUAAUUGAUGAUUUACCUGAGGAUUCGGUUUUUGAAAAUGAAUGCGUGAUGAAAAAUCCGUCGUCGUCGUCGUCGUCACCUCGACAAAAUAAAUCAGAAAUGGAGGAAAGGUUAAUCGAAGGAGGGAUAACUCGAAAAAAAAACGGAUUGACGAGUUUACGCGUAUCGGAAGUAAUUAAGGAAUCAUCGACCGGAAAUCCAAACGAAAUUGUAAAAAAUCAAAUGAAUGUUUUCACCACCGAUGAGGAAAAAAAAAAUUUUCAUUCCGGAAAAGCAGAAAAAAAUACGAACGCUUUCGAAGAAGAAGAAGAAGAAAACGAUGAAAAUAAUAAAAAAUUGUUGAUGGAAAGAAAUCUUUCAAGUGACGAAGAAAUGAAAACCAAAGAUUCAACUGAAAUUAUUUUUAAAAAAAAUAACAAUGUCGAAUUGAGUGAAAAAAAUUGGUCUUUACCGGAAGUCGGUAAAUUAAAUACCGAAGGGAAAAAUGAAAAUUCAUUUAUUGCUGCUGCUUUUCCAAAAUUCGAAUUCGUUGAUUCGCAGGAACUCGACGGUAAAUUGGACUCUAUUUUAUCAAAUUCUUCGGAAAACAAAAAAAAUGAAUUUUCCGAUCGUUCAAACCGGAAAAUAGAUACAAACGAGGACGUUUCGAAUAAUUUAGAAUUGGAUAAAGUUGAAAAAAUCGGUGAAAAUAAUGAAAAUGACAAUAAAGAUUCAAAGGUCACUAAUUAUUCCGGUUUGGUAUUACGUAACAGUUUAAGGGAGUCAAAAGUCGUAGAAUUGGAAAAAGAAAAUAACAAUGAUGAUGAUGAUGAUGAUGAGGUCCCACAACAACAACAACAACAACAAGAAAAAUAUUUUAUAAAAAAUGAGGAGGCGUUAUUAGAUAAGUGUCCCAAUGGUGAGUUAGGUGAGGUCGAAGAAGAAUUUCAACCGAGAAAAAGUGAAUAUGAAACUCAUAACGUUAUUAAAAAAGAACAACAAGAAGAAGAAGGAAGAGGAAGAGUAGGAGGAGGAGAAGAAGAAGAAGUAGAAAAAAAAACGAGUUUACAAAAUUAUGAAAUUGACGACAUUUUGCGAAAAAUUACAAAAAUAAAUUUCACAAGUUCAGAUGUUAAAGUUGAAUCAUCUGACGUGGGUAAAAAAAAAUAUAAAAAUUUUGACGUUGAAAAAAUUAAGAAAUUAAAAUCGUCGUCGUCGUCGUCAUCGGAUAAGAAAAUUAAAAGAAAAAAAAAAUUAGAACAAAGGCAAAAAGAUGGUAAACGAACCGAUAAACUCACGGUAGAAAAUAUUUCCGUGUCAAAGCCUACGAUUAAAUUUUCCAUUCAAAAAUCACACGAUUUGAAAAUUUCAUUUAAAGUUUUAAACGGAAACAAUGGGAGUAGCGGAGGGAAAUGCGACAAAUUUCCGGCGGGAGACAACGAAAAGGACAAUUUGAAAAACAACGGAUGUGGUACGAUGAUGGAAGACGCGGAAAAAACGAGAGAAUUGAUAACGUUGAAAUUAAAAAGUAUAGAAAAAGGGGAUUGGAAUUGCGAUGCGAGAAAUGAGGAUGAUGAUAGUUACGAUUACGAUUAUGAUUAUUACGAUUGCAACGUGGAAAAAAAUGAAAAGAAAAUUCUAGAUCGUGAAAAUGACGAGAACGGUUUGAUUUAUACAAAAUUGAAGAAAAAUUUCCUGUCGUCGAACAACAACGAUUUCCAAGUACAACAACAAGAAUCCGCGAAUUCCGCGGAAAUCAAAUUAAAAUUUAAAAGACAAAAGAAAAAUUUCGAAAGAGAAUUAAAUUUCAAAUUAUUACCCCAAGACGAUGAAGACGUUUCGGGGAAAACCAAGGAAGAGGAGGAGGAGGAAAAACCCCAAGAAGGAAUUGAUGGAUCGCGGAGUAUCGAAUCUGAUGACACGAUUCAAAAAACUCUGAACGCAGUCGUUGAAAAUCCUUAUGGGAAAUUGGAAAAAUCACGUUUUCCGCCCGAAAGUCCCGAAUCAUUUCCAUUGGAAUUUUUCAACGGCACGGAUAAAAAUGAUGCAAAUUCGGAUGGGAAAAAAAUGAUGACGUCUCCCGAAUUUCAUUCCGUCUCGGAAUUUAUAUUGCCUUUAUCACCCAUCGAUUCGCGAGAGGACAACGACGACGACGAUGACGAUGAAGAAAAAUAUUACAAAAAGAUUUCCCGUUCGAAAAUGGUGGAAAAACAAUCCCGCGAAAAAAAAAACGACGAGAACGUGGAUAAAAAUCUUUUUGAUCAUGUUUUUAAUAAAUCAUCAAAUAUCACAUCCGAAGAAGAUUCGAGAAGGAAAAAAAACCAUGGAGGAGGAGGAGGAUAUUAUCAAGAUGACGUUAAAUUAAUUGCCAACGAGUUUGUUAAUUGUGACGAGGACAGUCACUCGAAUAAUAAAUGCUACGAUUCAUAUUUGGGGAGCAGUGACGUGGAAACGUCGGUUGAAGAAAAUGAAAAUUUUCAAAAUUUUCCAAACGAAUCCAAAUUAGAAUUAAAGGACCCGUUGAACGUCAUUCGAUCCCCGGAUGAUCAUCAUCGGGAAAAGGAAAUGGUCGAUGAUAAAAAUUUUGAGGAUUUUUACGAAAAACAAAAAACUAAUAAUAAUAAUAAUAAUAUUGAUUGUUUGAAUGGUGACGAGUGCGUAAUCGAUUGUCAAUUACCGAAAACGGUCGAUGAUUUUCUAUUGCUCAACAACGAUUCGAAACAAUCGGACAAACGGAACGAAAGUGAUAACGUUGAAAAUCAUAAGGAAAAAUUCGAUUCUAAUGACACGUUCCCGAACGAUUCGAAAUCGAAAUUUUUAAUUUGUUCAGAUUUUACCGAAGGGGAAAAAUCAAAGAAUUUAAAAAUCCUUAACGGUAACGUUUUCGAUUUUAAAGGUGAUAAAAAUUUCGAUUCGAAUAACGAUUUCGUCGCGAAUCUUCUAGAAAAUUCUUCGUCCGACGGUGUCGACAAAAACAAAUGUUUACCUGAUAUCGACGAAGUUUUCAUUUUCAAUAAUAAUCGAGAAUCUUCAAAUCUCGAAAUCGAAUCGAAUAAAAUCGAAACGAAUAACAAUGUUGUUGACGUCAAAGACAAUCCAAUAGAUAAAUCCGUAAAUCUAGAGGAAAAUCUCGCGGAAAACGAAUUCGAAAAAACAAACGUGAGUGAAGAAAAGGAAAAUUUUAAUUUAGAUUUAAUAGAUAAUGAAAACAUCGAAAGAAAAACAACAACAACAACAGCGGAUUCUUCCGGUUCCGAGUCCGACUCCGAAUCGAACACGGAUGAAAUAAGCAAAGCGUUAGAAUCGAUUUUUCGAGAAGACAGACCGGAAAAGCUUAAUUCGAUGGAAAGUGAAACGCCUAAAAAAAAAAAUAAUAAAGACAAAAACGAUUUGUUGUUGAUUACGCCGGUGAAUAAUGAUAAUAUUGUUCCUCGGAAAACGUGUCAGGAUUUUUCCGAUCGAACCGUUUCCGAACUCAGUCACAUAUUAAGCGAGGGAGAUGCUGAAAAUAAUGAAAUCCCUUUUGGAUCUUUGAGAGACUUAGAAAAAUCUCCUCUCCUGAACAAAAAUGAAAUUUCUAAUAUUUUCGAAAAGUCUGGUGGAUCCGAAGAAAAUCAAAAUGACCACAAGGAAAAGACGACAAAAUCGGUUGUUUGCGAGCUGGAAAAUGUUCUCAGCGAAGAAAAUUUAAAUAAAAGUUUGGAAAAUUGCGAAAAAUCACAAGAUGUCAAUUGCGAAAUUAAUUCAGAAAAGGAAAAAAAAAUGGGAUUUUCAUCGAUUUCGGAAAAUUUCGAAACGGCGAAUUCGAAUAAUUCAGAAAAAAAUAAAAUAUUUCCCGCGAUAAAAGAUAAAUUUACCCCCGACGAAUUGCAAAACGAUUUUAAGGAAAAAAAAUCGAACUUGGAAGAAAUUUUCCAGGAAGAAAAAAAAGACGAUGGAAGAUUGGACGAAGAUCCUGUAGGAUGUAAAAAAUUACAAACACUUCCUGUUGAAAAUUUAAACAAUAAUAAUAAAUUUUCGUUCGAGACGUCGAGAAAGAUUGAAAGAAGAUUUUCCGAGGAAAUUGAGUCGGUCGAAAAAUCAGUGCGGAGUCUUGGAAAAUCGAAUUUUAAAAAAUCUAAAUCUUGUCCUCCUCUCUUGCAUUUUCCCGGAAAAAUUGAAAAAAACUUUCCCGUUUUAGAUGUGCCCGUGGAGGAUAUCCCACUGCCCUUGGGUGAUCCACCGCCGGAAAAUUGUUUCGAUAUUUGUGAAUAUUUGAUGAAAAGUCAAAAAAAACGUUGCGUAAACAAUUAUGAAAAUCGAUCGAUCGAUUUUCAAACGAUUGUUGAAAAACAACAAAAACAACAGAAACACGUUUCGGGUUCUGACUUGUCGUCUUUCGAAAAGUCGCCCAACCAUAAAAUGAAGAAGGAAAAUAAAAGGAGGAGCGGUGAAUCAGUUUUUAAAAAGGGAAAAAAUUCACGGGAUAUCGAAACAUUGGAAAAAUGUCCGAAUGGGAAAAAUGGUCGCCGCCCACGUGACGAUUUCGAAGUCGAUAAUAUAAAUUUUUUUUUAUCAUCUCUCGGGGAAGAAAAUGGGAUCGCGGAUGAGGAAAAAAAACACGAUGACGAAUGUGAGAUUGAAAAUGAAUUUAAAAAAUUAAAAGAAACGCAGGAGGAAGAAGAAAAAAAUGUUUUUAAAAAUGGCGGCGGUGAAGUUUUCGAGAAAAUGGCGACGACGAAAACUUGUUUCGAAUCGUCAAUGAUGUCGGAUGUAAUUGAAUAUGUAAACAAUCAUUCAUGCGAAAACAAUCGAAAUGAAAAAAUUUGCACUGAAAUUGCGUGUGCUCAAUAUUCUAAUAAAAAUGUCGAAAAAAAAAAACAAAUAAUGCAACUUAAUAAUAAUAAUAAUAAUAAUAAUAAUAAUAAUAAUAAUAAUAAUAAUGAAUUGAUCGAUAAUUCGAAUAAAGUUUUUUUAUCUGUUGAAAAAAUUGAAUUUAAAAAAAAAGAAAAUUUUGUCUUAUCUGAUAAAGAAUCAUCGACGAAUGAAAAAAAAACACCUGAAAAUAAAAUCGAAAAAGAUGUCGUCGUUUUUUCAAAGUUGCGACAAAUCAACGACCUUAAUUACCAAGAACAACGCCAUGUUGAUUCAUUAUGCGAAAAUUCUCGAAAAAUCGUCGUGGGAAAAAGUAAAAAUGUCGACGUUGUCGAUUCGAUGUGUUCGGAGGAUUUGGGUGAAGGGAUUCCGGAUUAUUCGGAAAGUGAAAAUUUUUUGGAAUCGGAUUUUUACAAAUGCGAAGACAUUCCGACGUCGGAAGAUUUACAAAACGACAACGAAUUCGAGAAUGAAAAAUUUUCAGACGACGACAAAUUUCGAAACAUGAUGGAAAAUUGUUUCGACAAUGCUAAAAAAUUUUUAAACGUGAGCAAUUUGAAAUUGUUUUCCUGCUCCGUCGAGGAUCUCCUAGAUUUGGAUUUGGAUCCCAAGGAGGUGACGAACGAAUCCGAAGAAUUGCGUAAUAAUCACAUACCCAAAGAUGUUCUUUUAACGUCUUGCGAUGACGUCACAAAUGAAAAUUUAGAACUUUCGGAAAAGUUUAAAGAAAGCGCUCCGUCAUCAUCGUCAUCAUCGUCAGACAUUCCAUUGAAUUUUCCUCCUUCUUUCACAUCCGCGGAAAAUUCUGUAAUUUGUUCAGAGAUUUUACCCGUUGAAAAUUGGCCUUAUUUAGAAGAAGAAGUACCAUCGAGUCCGUCGAAACGAUGCGAGUCCGAGGAAACUCAAUUGAUACCUUUUUUGGAAAACGAUGAAAAUUUAGAAUUUGGAAAAUCGAAUUCGAAUGGUGAAAACUUCAAAAUAAAAAAUUUCGAAAAAGUCCGGAAAAAUUCGAUAAAGCGGAGUUUGAUGACGGACGGAAAAAUAUCCGUCGAAUUAAAUUCGAAAAUGAAGGAAAAACGAAGGAAAACUAUCGAUUGUUUGACGGAAAAUAUCAGGUCUUAUCAUGGUCCCCACGAAAAAAACAAAAACGAUAAAGGUACAAAUUGUAAAAUGGGAUGGGAAAAUUCUAGAAAUGAUUCCCGUUCAAAAAGUUUAUGUAAAAUUCGCGUUGACGAUGAAAAUGAAAUCAAGGAAAAUACGAGACCGGAAAAUUUUCAAGAGGGAAUUUUCUUAAAUAAUUCGGAUUAUGCGUCGCCAUCGUGGCAACCGAAAGUCAUACUUUUUAGAAUAUCGAAAAGCGAAUUGAAUAAAAUCAAAGAACGAAACGAUUUGAGAAAUCGAAUUUGGACAAGAAAAAGACAAGACGAUGCCGCCCCCCUCGAAAAAGAUUUCACUUCGGCAAAAAAAAAGCCAGAAGGUAUCGAAGAGAAGGAGCAAAAGGAGUUGGAACCUGCGGUUAAGAAGCAAAAAUUUUCCAACGAUUUUGAAAAUUUAAAAAUUUUCGAGAACGAAAAGUUUUCGAAAACGGAUGACGAAAUUUACGAGUGUCAAAAAAAAAAUGAUUUGCUCGAAGGAGAAAAGAGGGAUGACGUCGAAAAUGAAACGAUUUUAAGUCACGGUUUGAACGUUAAAGAGAGGUCAAAUUAUGAUAACGAAAAUGUCGUCGCCGGUUCACGUGUUAAACCGGAUUUUUUGGAAAAACGCAAAAAAAUGAGAUUUCGAAAUCUUCACGUUAAAAAAAAAACAAAUAAUCAAUUAACCAAAGACUCAUUUAUUAUCAAGACUGUUGAAAAUGUUUUAGAAACGAAAUCCACGCUCGCGGACGAAGAAGCGGAACGUGUUCUAAGUGAAAUGUUUAAGGAUCGCGACCCGUUCGAAAAACAGGUUUUAGAGUGUCAAAAAACAACAAAAGAAUUACAUAACGGAUAUAAAAAUGGUGUUGAUAAAAAGAAGUUGAAACAUAAAUCAUCGCCAUCACCACCACCGAACGGUUCAUUCGGCGGGGGCGGCGAUUCGAGCGUUUCCCCGCGUAAAAGAACGAAAAGCAACAGCGAGGAAAACGUUUCCGUUCGGAGAGAUGAACGGAGAGUCGUCACUCCAUCCGAGAAACAACCUCUCGUACAUCAGAAUAAUUUUCCGGAUAAAAAAAAGACUGAUAAUUUUUCCAAGUGUUUCAAAAGCGAGAAAAACGUAAUCGGUGAUAAAAUUUUCCGAAACAAGAGUAGUGAUAACGUCGAUAAAGUCAAAGACAAACAAGACCGGAGAGAAAAUUCGAAACUCCCCGCAAAACAAAGGGAAAAAAAAUUAGGGGAUGGUGGUGGUGGUGGUGGUAGCGGUGGUGGUGGUGGUGGUGAUAUGGAAGAAUUACCAAACGUUAACGGCUGUAGUAACUCAAUUAGUCAAUUUUCGACGAUUAAAAAUAAGAUAUUACAUAACAAUGGGGAAAAAUUAAAAAGGGGAAAAGAGGAAUCGGGUGAGGAGUCUUUGGAGACAAAACCGGAUAAGUCCAAAUCAAAAGGGAAUAAAAAAUCCGCGGCCGAUCGUCUCACGGGUUGUUAUUGGAUUUGCGAAGUUUGCGGUUUCAACGACGAAGGAGAAAGAAUGACUCAUAUAAAAGAUCAUCCUUUUCAUUGUCAAAGUUGUCAUUUGGCAUUUAGAACUGAGACGCGUUUUAUAAAUCACCUUACGAAAAAGCAUAAGGACAUAAGGAAUCAACAUCACUGUUUGUUGUGCGAAUUAAGUUUCGACACGGAAGAACAAUAUCAGGGACAUUUGGAAACGAGGGAACACAAACAUUUGGAAACCGUAGAAAAAAACACGAUCAAUACGUUGUUUACUUUGCUUACGGGACAACCGUGUCCCGUUUUGGGACUCGUAGAAAUGAAACCGGAAUGGUUGCCCAAUCAACCUGGCACCGUACAUUUUUAUCACCAAGCAACGCCUUUGUCUCUGGCUUUACAGGUUUGA